GUUUUUAAGUGUUUAAAAACCGCAGAUAGGAAUAAAAAAUUUAAUUCGUAAAAUUAAUCACUUCUCUUUUGGAUGCUGUUGCAAAAAAAUUAUUUAUUUUAUAGAUUAUUUAUGUUUGGCUAAUAUUUAAAAUUCUGUCAUUUACCAUCGACGUUGCUCGGGCGCUUAAUCAAAGGAUUCGUGGAAUAAUGCAAUAACGUAAUAAUAAAUGAAAGACAACAAAGAACGCUUACACUGAUGACAUCAUCUAACGAUUGUGUGUCUACAAUGUAUGUGUGUGUGUGUGUGUGUGUAUUUAAGCCGUGAAAUUCCCAGAAGAUCCUGGUCAAGUAUUCCUUUAAAUAGGUCACUCGGAAUGCGCAGGAAAUUCGUUGAAAGUGAAACGUGAAAGUAAAAUGUCAAAUUAUACUUUCGUUAAAGCAAACAGAAUUAAAGAUGAUAUAUGUCGGAUUAAUGUCAGAAUGAAUUCUUAUUUAAAUCAAUAAAUCUGUACAAAACGAAAAAAAUCCCCUAAGUCAUCACUUUUUUAAUUAAAAGUAAAUUUUCUUUCCUGGAAUUUAUAGUUCAUACUUUAUAAUAGCCUAUUAUUCUUGAUCAAUAAAAGUUUCGUGGAAGUCUCUCUUGUGUGUGUGUGUGUGUGUGUGUGUGUGUGUGUGGUUGUGUGAAGAACACCUACAAUGCAAAUGUCAUUCUUGUAAAUGGUAGAGUAAUAAUUUAUUUAAAACGCUUCCGGAAACUAGUUUCAUCAGGUAACUUCCAAAAUGUCAGAAACACGUGGCUCUGGUAAGCCUAGAGAAGGGGUAGGGUACGCUUGAGUUACAGGUUACAAGGUUUAUUCAGCUCUCGUCGGGCAAUUCACAGAACGGUGACUUCACCCUUCCAUUGACUUCGGCGACACCGCAGUCGCAAAUUCUCGGAAUUACACGCCCAUAUAUAUAUAUACAUAUCCAUGUAUAGUACAUAAUAAAAUCCGCAUGCUCCAAUUUCGAGACUCGUUUCGGCGAAACGCGGGUGUACCGUCUCUAAUCUGCUCUGUAUCAAUGAAAACUUGCAGUUCUUCUUGGAAAGCUUCGACAACCUUUUCGUAAUCGCGUGUGCCAGCCGUUCAUUGAUAACUAUCGUCGCGGGGUGUACACACCACUAAAUUCGUGGAACUCGACUAGUACGUUUUAAUUGAUAUUCUGAUUUAGUGGAAACACUUUUUUUUUUAUGAAUGAAUCAAUAUAAGACCAAUUGUAUCGUGCCAAUUGAUGUAAUAAUACGCGAUUCUUGAUUUAUGAGAGUUCGUCCUCUUCUAUAUAUGAAUUAAAAUUCAUCAUUACGGUAUUAUUCUUUGCAAAAGAAGGAAUGUCUAUUUCUCGUUUUCGAUUAAGUGGAAAAUCCCAAUUCGUGAGUCACGAGAUGUGCUCGAGAUGCGGUUGAAACGUUUAGCCGCAUCUACUGCUCGUGGGUGCGGACCAGUAGUAGCAUCAGUGUCGAGUCAGACGUCGCGGAUGUCGGAUCUCUCGCUGCUGUACUCUUUUAUUCUCUCUUUUUAUCCUUUCCUUUCAAGAAAAUUGAUAUUUAGUGGACCGAUUUAUCUGUAUCAGAUCAUCAUUUAAGGACAUCUCUGACCAUGCCGAACUACCGAAGGAUCCUUAUAUUGUUUUUUCAACGCAUUUAUAGGUUGGCAGCAGCGCAAGAGGCGGCACAAAGGGACCCUGGACACGCGAGCCAGUAUUACGGGAGAAGGUCGAGGUUGGCCGGAUUGAGGAGUGGUCUCGGUGACUGGACUAGCUUCGGAGGGGAGGUACCUGGUCUGGUGGACAUGGCGCCAGGCCGGGAUCAGGGUGGAGGGGCGGGUGGCGGUGGGGGAGGCGGCAAGGGCACCACAUCGUUGUUCCUCCUUUCGGAGGAUAAUUGCAUACGGAAGCACACGCGCUUCAUCAUCGAGUGGCCGCCCUUCGAGUACGCCGUCCUGCUCACCAUCAUCGCCAAUUGCGUGGUCCUCGCCCUCGAGGAGCACCUGCCGAAGCAGGACAAGACCAUACUCGCACAGAAGCUCGAGGCUACGGAGAUCUACUUCCUCGGGAUCUUCUGCGUCGAGGCGAGCCUCAAAAUCCUCGCCCUCGGCUUCGUCCUCCACCGCGGCUCCUACCUGCGCAACAUCUGGAACAUCAUGGACUUUUUCGUCGUGGUGACCGGGAUCGUCACGGCGUUCUCGCAAGGCAUACACCUGGAUAUGGAUCUGCGCACGUUGCGUGCGAUACGCGUGUUGCGACCGCUCAAACUUGUCUCCGGCAUACCGAGUCUUCAGGUGGUGCUCAAGUCUAUCAUCAAGGCAAUGGCGCCGCUUCUGCAGAUCGGCUUGCUGGUACUCUUCGCCAUCGUGAUAUUCGCCAUCAUCGGCCUCGAGUUUUAUUCGGGAACCCUGCAUAAAACGUGUUACAUGAUAGAGGACACCAAUGUAAUCGAAAAGGAGGGCGAGCUGCCGAGCCCGUGUAUCCCAGGCAGCCAAGAUAAUGCCCCGGGCGGGGCCCAUACGUGCAAGCCGAACAUCUCGAUAUGCAUGGAUCACUGGGAGGGACCAAACUCGGGCAUCACCAGCUUCGAUAAUAUCGGAUUCGCCAUGCUCACUGUCUUCCAGUGUAUCACUAUGGAGGGCUGGACUGCCAUAUUGUACUGGACGAAUGACGCUCUUGGCAGCAGGUGGAACUGGAUUUACUUUAUACCAUUGAUCGUUCUCGGAUCAUUCUUCAUGCUGAACUUAGUUCUCGGUGUCUUGAGCGGAGAGUUUGCGAAGGAGAGAGAGAAGGUGGAGAACCGGCAGUCCUUCCUGAAGUUGCGAAGACAACAGCAGCUUGAACGCGAACUGAAUUGUUACCUCAAUUGGAUCUGCAAAGCAGAGGAGGUGAUACUCGCCGAAGAAAGGACUACGGAAGAGGAGAAAAUGCACAUAUUAGAAGUAAGAAGAAGAGCAGCGGCAAAAAAGAAAAAACUAAAGAAUCUCGGCAAGAGCAAGAGCACCGACACAGAAGAGGAAGAAGGCGAGGACGACCAGGACGAUGUGCCUAAGAAAAAGCUCAAAGGGUUCUCGAGAUCCUCCUACUUCAAGUCGAAGGUGAAGAAACAGGGCACGUGCCUACAGUUCUGGCGGGCCGAAAAAAGGCUCAGGUUUUGGAUACGUAGUUCCGUCAAGUCGCAGCAAUUUUAUUGGUUUGUCAUCAUUCUUGUGUUCUUCAACACCGUCUGCGUGGCCGUUGAGCAUUACAAUCAGCCAAAAUGGCUCACCGAUUUCCUCUACUACGCAGAGUUUGUGUUCCUGGCUCUCUUCAUGCUGGAGAUGUUCAUAAAAGUCUACGCGCUCGGUCCUCGCACAUACUUUGAAUCGAGCUUCAAUCGCUUCGACUGCAUCGUCAUCUCAGCCUCGAUCUUCGAGGUGAUCUGGUCCGAGUUGAAAUCCGGCUCUUUCGGCCUCUCCGUCCUACGUGCCCUUAGACUUCUGAGAAUUUUUAAGGUCACCAAAUACUGGAAGAGCCUGAGAAACCUCGUGAUAUCGCUGCUAAGCUCGAUGCGCAGCAUCAUUUCCCUUCUCUUCUUGCUCUUCCUGUUCAUCCUCAUCUUUGCGCUGCUCGGUAUGCAGCUGUUCGGCGGCCAAUUCAAUUUCGAGGAGGGCACGCCACCCACUAACUUCAACACCUUUCCCAUCGCACUACUCACUGUCUUCCAAAUCCUGACUGGAGAAGACUGGAACGAAGUGAUGUACAAGGGUAUCGAGUCACAGGGCAUGGGCUAUUCGCUCUACUUCAUUGUGCUGGUGCUUUUCGGUAACUACACCCUGCUGAACGUCUUCUUGGCUAUCGCCGUCGACAAUCUCGCGAAUGCGCAAGAGCUGAGCGCAGCCGAGGAGGAACAGCAGGAGGAGGACAAGGAGAAGCAGCUGCAAGAGCUCGAGAAGGAGAUCGAGUCGCUGCAGAGGCCCGGAGACGGUGGUGCACCGAGGGUUGAAAUCUGCCCUCCAAGUCCAACUCAGAAUUUAUGUAGAUUAAAAAAUAUAAAAAGCGUUACUGACGGAGAGGCACAAAGUGGAGAACGACGUCUCGUCUUUUCCAGCAGAGACGGAAGAGUCGAAACCCAGACAUCCGAAGAAAGGAGGCAUGAUGAAGACGACGAUACGGGACCAAAACCAAUGCUGCCAUACUCCUCCAUGUUUAUACUGUCCCCUACGAAUCCCAUAAGAAGAGCCGCCCAUUGGGUCGUAAACCUUCGGUACUUCGACUUCUUCAUAAUGGUGGUGAUAUCGUUGUCGAGUAUCGCGCUGGCCGCCGAGGAUCCCGUUUGGGAGAACGCACCGAGAAACAAGAUCCUCAACUACUUCGAUUACGCGUUCACUGGUGUCUUCACCGUCGAGAUGGUGCUGAAGAUUAUCGACCUUGGCAUCAUACUGCACCCGGGCUCGUAUCUGCGCGAGUUUUGGAACGUUAUGGACGCGGUCGUAGUGAUAUGCGCCAUGGUGUCAUUCGCCUUCGACAUGUCCGGCAGCUCGGCUGGCCAGAACCUCUCGACUAUCAAAUCGCUGCGAGUGCUGCGAGUGCUCAGGCCGCUUAAGACAAUAAAACGCGUGCCGAAGCUCAAGGCGGUGUUCGACUGCGUGGUGAACAGUCUCAAAAAUGUCAUUAACAUUCUCAUAGUGUACAUAUUGUUCCAAUUCAUAUUCGCUGUGAUCGCGGUGCAGCUGUUCAACGGCAAGUUCUUCUUCUGCACCGACGAGAGCAAGUAUACGGAAAAAGAUUGCAACGGUCAAUACUUCGUUUUCGAGGAGGGUAAACUGAUACCGGAGCUCAGGCAACGGAAAUGGCAAUCUCAAUCCUUUCAUUACGACAACGUGAUGGUGGCCAUGCUGACGCUGUUCGCCGUCCAAACCGGCGAAGGCUGGCCACAGAUCUUGCAGAACUCAAUGGCGGCCACAUACGAGGACCAGGGCCCCAUCCAGAACUUUCGUAUCGAAAUGUCCAUUUUCUACAUCGUCUACUUCAUCGUAUUUCCAUUCUUCUUCGUCAACAUCUUCGUGGCCUUGAUCAUCAUCACGUUUCAGGAGCAGGGAGAAGCUGAACUGCAGGAUGGUGAAAUUGAUAAGAAUCAGAAAUCAUGUAUAGACUACACAAUACAGGCUCGUCCGCUUGAGAGGUAUAUGCCGAAGAAUCGGAAUAGCCUAAAGUAUAAAAUUUGGAAUAUAGUCGUAUCUCCGAGAUUUGAAUAUUUUAUCAUGGUACUCAUCGUAUUGAACACAAUAUUGCUUAUGAUGAAGUAUCACGAAGCGCCGGCAGUUUUUUUGGACUUCUUGACCAUCGUGAACUUGGUCGUCACUCUCCUUUUCCUCUUUGAGUGCAUCCUUAAACUCGUCGCCUUCGGAUGCAAGAAUUUCUUCAAGGACGCUUGGAAUACCUUCGAUUUCAUCACGGUGAUCGGCAGCAUCGUGGACGCUCUUGUGAUCGAGUUCGGGGAGGUGUUAUCGAGCGAGCCGAGUGAUGGCCAGCUAAAGAAGGAGAACUUCAUCAACGUCGGCUUUUUGAGGCUCUUUCGCGCCGCCAGGCUGAUUAAACUACUCAGGCAGGGGUACACUAUACGAAUUUUACUCUGGACCUUCGUACAAUCCUUCAAAGCUCUGCCUUAUGUUUGUCUUCUCAUAGCGAUGCUGUUCUUCAUCUAUGCUAUCAUCGGUAUGCAGGUCUUUGGCAAUAUAGUGAACGAUCCGGAAACAGCGAUCGAUGAGCACAACAACUUUCAGUCCUUCUUCGCCGGUCUUAUGUUGCUUUUUCGGUGUGCUACGGGCGAGGCCUGGCCGAACAUCAUGCUGUCCUGCGUAAAGGGCCGUCCCUGCGACCCGAAAGCCGAGAAAGAGGAGACGGAAGAAUGCGGUUCUAACAUCGCCUACGCCUAUUUCGUGUCGUUCAUCUUCUUCUGUUCGUUCCUCAUGCUAAAUCUCUUCGUCGCCGUCAUUAUGGACAACUUCGAUUAUCUCACGCGAGACUCGUCGAUUCUGGGCGCGCAUCAUCUCGACGAGUUCGUGCGGAUCUGGUCCGAAUACGAUCCGAAUGCCAUCGGGAAGAUCCAUUACACGGAGAUGUACGACAUGCUGAAGAAUAUAGAUCCGCCGUUGGGGUUUGGCAAACAGUGUCCGAAUCGACUCGCGUACAAGAAGCUCAUCAGGAUGAAUAUGCCGGUGGACGGUGACGGAAAGGUGAACUUCACUACGACGCUGUUCGCCCUCAUUCGCGAGAACCUCAGCAUAAAAAUGCGAUGCGCCGACGAAAUGAAUCAAGCCAAUGAAGAACUGCGGGACACGAUCAGAAGUAUCUGGCCUUUACAAGCGAAAAAGAUAUUGAACCUUUUGAUACCUAGGAACGAAGAAUUGAACAGAGACAAGCUCACCGUGGGUAAGAUAUACGUCUGCCUUCUGAUACUCGAAAGUUGGAGGUCGACGAGGUUUGGUCAGCUAAAGUCUGCCGAACAGAACGAUCUUAUCGAUAACGAUAAUGCUGGGCAAAGUCCUGCAGCCCAGGCGCCAUCGUCCUUCUUCAACUGCCUGCUGGACAUGGCGGCGGUAAAUCAUACUGGAAAUAAUCACGGAGCCGGAAGUAGGGCGAACAGCCUCGAACCGGUGAUGCGACCGGCCGUGGACGCGAAGCACGAACGACUCAAAGAACACAGGGACGAGGAGGACGGGACUCUAGGCGUCCUUGCAGCCGCCGAGCAUAGACGUCAGCAUAGCUUCAGAAACAAAAAGGUGAACUGGAAGAUGUCUCGCCAGUACGAUAUACUAGGCAGCAGCGGAGAGAGUAGCCAGGGAGGGGGUGGGUCUGGGGUUGUACUCGUAGUUAAUGGCGAGGAUCGCGCCCCCGAGCUAGAGCCAUUGCUGGCCGAGGUGCCCUCCCAGCGGGAUGAUCAAAACAACUACUACCAUCACCAUCACGACCAAUACUACUACGAUACCGACAAUGAUCAAUACUAUGACCACCACCAAUACUACCACCACCACCACCAUCACCAUCAUGACCACCGACCACCCUCGUACUACCAACACCAGAACACCUACGCACCUCGCUCCUCGAUCCGUUAUCACAAGGAUCUGCAAGACGUCAUACCGUCCGACUCACGUGCCGGUAGCCUUGAGAGUCUCACACAUCCUGGUGACAGAAGCCUUCGUCCGCAUCCCUCGGCGACCUCCAGACGUUCACGAUCACCAAGUAUAAGAAGACACUCGCCAAUAAUGCCUAGAUCGCCAUCGCCAAGGCGACACGACCGGUACGACCAUCACGGUCAAUACCACGAAGGACCAGGGUUUAGCGACACCGUUAGCAACGUCGUCGAGAUACAAAGGCAUACCCAUCAUCCCCACGCGUCACAAUAUAACCAUCGGCAUAGGAUACGAGACUAUUACGACCACUGCGACUAUUACGACGAUGGAGGUCCAUGGAGCGCCUCAACGAGUCCGGCCAGGUCACCGAGUCCGAUUCACAGGAUCGAGCGCGGUGGCCGGCAUUACGGCACGACGAGUCUGGAGCAGCGUUCGAGGAGUCCGAGCCCGAUAGGCGGCAGUCGUCCGCAUCAUCAUCGCCAUCAUCCGCAUCAACACAGCUACCCGGUGCUGGUCGCGAGGAGAGGCCAGGGUCGCCGGUUGCCGCCGACGCCGAACAAACCGUCGACCCUGCAGCUGAAACCGGCCAACAUCAAUUUCCCCAAGCUGAACGCCUCGCCUACCCAUGGUCCGCACGCCGUGGCGCCGAGUGGACCAGCAGCCCAUAUGGCACCCGUAUCCGGCCAUGCGUUGCAGCAUCCGCCGUCGCACAUGCCGCCCUCCGGCGUGCAGCCGAGCCAUCAUCCGUUGAGUUUCGAGCAGGCUGUCGCGAUAGGCCGCGGCGGUCGUCUGCUGCCCAGCCCGGUACCCAAUGGUUACAAGCCACAACCACAGUCCAAGCAGAGAGCACCUAGGUCGAGGCACUCGGACAGUGACGAGGACGAUUGGUGCUAGCCAAAGUGGGACCCUGGACGGUGGUCCGGUGACGUGGACGCCCCCAGGCGUCUCAGGGUUUGCGCGUGAUAGUCGUCCACGUGGGACACGCGUUGAUUUCAAUGUGAAGGUAACGGAAGUGCCGCGGUCGACGAGCCUGAUGCUCUUGGAGGCUCCCUCCGAUGAAGAACGAUUCCAUGAAGGAAUCGUUUCAAUCACAGCGACAUUGCGGCGACCGAAGGAAGUCGAAGAAAGUCGAACGGGAAAAACGAUUCCAGGCGGACGAUGUUCGGAGUAAUCUCCGAUGGCUGAACACGGCGACCGAACAGGGUCAGCGAACACAUCACAGAGAAGUCGGUUUCCCGCGUACGCAGAAGGGAAAUCGACGGAGCUAUCAUUCAUAUAUCGACGUCGCACGAUUCCGCGAACGAGGAGGAGUGCGACUCACGCGGUUCUACGAAUCGAUCCAAGUGCAAUCAAACGGCCGAGCUCGACGAAUCUCGAAGAUUCGAUCUUGAAGCCUGUGGUCAGAGGAAUCGAAAGCGAUCGAAGAUCCGAGGAAUCGUCCGAAAGAUGAAUUCCAUUUCGAAGAAUGCUCUACGUUGACGCGAAGCGAAGACGAAUCGCUCGAGAUCGCGCGAGCCACGGCUAUGUCUAAGGACAAGGUGGUAGGUUGCAGUGAAACUCGUCGCGCGCGACAGUGAUCGAAUUGAAUAAUUGAGCGGACGUUCUCUGGGAGAGAGCUCGAACCCUCCGAUAUUAUACGCGAGUUAAUAUUUCAAUCUUACCUCGGCCCGAUCGAGCGAAGAUCGCCUCGAGGAAAACUUACUUUUUAUACGAUUUUCUGGAGGAGAGACUCAUCGAACGCCCGAAUUGCGCUGUGAUCACCACGAAACGUUCUCUUACAUGUGCGUGUGUAUUUAUGCAUGUAUGUAUGCUCUUGUAUGAUUUUGUGCGUGCGUGCACAAGAAAACCCCCUUCCCCCACGAUUCGUCGGAAAUCGCGACUGAUGUAUCGAAUCGUUCCACUUCCACUCGUGAAAGCACCGAUUAGGUGACGUUAAUUGUUCAACGACGACGUUAAUCGAAGGAUGAUCGAGGGAGACUGACGCGAGAAAUCAGAAAAAAAUGAGGUAGCAGUUGGUUUCAGAGUUUAAUAAGGCUUAGAUAUCGUUAUUUUCAGUUUUGGAAGUUAGAGAUUUCGAAAUAAACAAAUUAAUCCGAAAUGACGAUGUUUCAUUUCGAAAUCUAAUAACGUUUCGCUGUUUCUUCGCUGUUAGCGUAGCUGGACGAUUCGUCGGGAAAUUAAGCCGCGCGAACAGAACGAACUGGCAUGCGAAUUUCCCGAUGAAUCAAAUGAGAAACCAAUGAGGAAAGGAUUAACAGGAUUAGAAAUUAGAUUGAAAGUUGAAACGGAAAAGAACUCUAGUAAUUUCGCUGGAAUUCAGACUAGCUCCAUUUUGCUACUAGUGAAAUCGCGCGAAAGCGAUGACCUGAUCGAAUGCGAAUAUUCAGAAGUCGCUUCGCGCAAGAACCGCCGCUACGAGAUACCGAGAUACUGUUCGCAGUCGCGGUUCUUGUCAAAUCGAAACGCGCGAGACGAUCAUAAUUAUCGCAAGGGUAAAAUGAAGGAGCAGAGAGGAGAGGAGAGCGUGAGCAAACGUCGUCGUUAAUUCGCGCGGAAUGUUGCCUCGCGAUUCGUGCCAAUCAAGGGUGAUUAGGAGAAAGUUCAGGAAAAAAAAGAGGACCACGAUCGAGGAAUGAACGGGGUGAGAAGGGAUGAACAAUUGUCGCGAGAUAUCCCGGGGGGGAAGAAGUGUAAAAGAAAGAAAGAGAGAAAGAGAAUGGACGACACGUAACCAGUUCUUACCAUACGGUUUUCAAAAGCACUCCUGUAAAUUACUGCGUACAAUUGAAUUACAAUAUUUAUUACUUAUCACUGCUAAUACCAUUAUUAAAUUAACACCCGCAGAAAGAGACGAAAAAAAAAACAGCUACUUCACUCUACUAUUACACUAUUAACUACUGCUACUACCAUUACUACUAUAUUACGAUUUACUACCGCUACUACCACUGUUACUAUUACUAUUGCUGCUACUACUAUCACUACUACUAUUACUCUAUUACUACUAUUACUAAAAACUAUUCUACUAUCGUCGCUACUAACGCUGUUUACUAUCAUUAUUGUAAUACUAAGUGUGCUAAUUAUCGAAGCGCGCGCGAUUCGUGAGAAGUAAACGAGAAACAUCACUUUACAUAAUUAAUUUGUCUUCAAACUCGUGAAUUUCGCCGUCGAUCGUGCGUUUAUACGACGGACGAUAAAACAAAGAAGAGGAAAAAAAACAAUAGAGGAAGAUCGAGAGAAUUAUUCGUAAAAUAAAAGCAUGCUAAACGAGCGCAAGAGAUUAUUAAUAAAAAAACAAAAAAAAACAAGAACGAGAAUCAUUAUAUUAUACAUAAAAACGUUUAACAUACUGCCAAUCGAACGGAGUGUUUUAAGCGAAAACACACACGAGAAUACGUAGGUGUACAUAAACGUACGUUUCUCUUUUCCUGCGAUACGUAUAAAUAUUAAUUACGAUAUAUCUGUACGUAAAUAAGUGUACAUAUCCGGUGAGCGAAAGAGAGAGAGAGAAAGCGAGAAAACGAAGAAACGAAUGAAUGGAUGUGAAAUAAUUGAAUCUCUAAAUUUGAGAAGCGAGGUAAUUCGGUCAACACAAUAAUCAAGUCGCUAGACAAUGAUCCUUCUUCGUAAAGUAUUUCAUACACGUUUCGCUACUUUGACUUUUAUAAUUGAUUUAUUUUUAUUUAACUGUCAAAGAUGGCGUUUCGAGGAAAAACGUUGGAAGAAACGGGACUGACUUACUUCCUUUCUUAAAUGAUUCGAUUGAUUUCCGACGCGCGUUGCUCUGUGCUUGUUGCGUAAAUUUUCGUGUAUCGGCUAAGUCAAAAUAAACGAGAAUAUUGCCAUUAUGUAACGACAUUAAUUAAUGUAAGUAGCUAAUUCGAAAAAAAAUGUAUGCAUGUUACGGAAAAAUUUCACGUGGGAGAAAGAAAAAAAUUUACGUGGAGAGAAGUGGAAAAAAAAAGAAAGAGAGAGUGACUGAUUUUCCAGCGUGAUCGGUAUAUAAAGAUCCUUGGUGAAUGGACGGGCGUUAAUCAUCGAACUUGUUUGUAUUAUUCAGCGAUUUAAAAAUUCAACAAUAUAUAAUAAUAAGAUCAAUUUUUCCAAAGAGAAGACUACAGACUUAUCCAAUCGCUUUAAUAUAUUGUCUAAUAUACAUAUAUAUAUACAUAUAUAUAGUAUAAUGUAAAAUAAUAAAAAUUAAUAAUAAAAAGAUAAUUCAAGACAGUUGAGAUAAUUAGUGAUUAAUAUCUUCAAUGACAUUAAUUAUUUCCAGGUCCAGGAAAAUAGUAUUUAAAUCAGAAUCAAUGCUCUGUCUUCUGAAAUGAUAUAAAAAUGUUAUUUUGGAAACGAGAGAGAUAGAUACGGAAAGAAAGGGAGAGGAAAAGAAAGGAUCACCGAGGAUCUCGUAAGCGCGAAUUUUUAGAGUGACGUAUAAUCUGAGUCACGUAUUUUCUUCCCUUAAGUGCUUUAAAAACUCAAUUGUAUCGUAUCGCUACAAAGAAAAUCUGUAGUUCAAUCAAUGGGAAUGAGUGUGAUAUAGGAAAGAAAAUCAAUUCGCUAAUAUUGGUUUAUAGGAUGGAAUUUCUUUAAAUUAUUUUUAUGUUUUCCUUUUUUUCUACGGAUAAGACAACGAAACGAGAUAUCAAUCAGAAAUAAAAUCAGAUAUACUUUUUUUUCAAUGUUCAAAAGAAUUAAAAAAUUAUCGAGGAAUAAAUUUACAAUUCGUUUAAGAAAAAUUUAUUUUUAGUCUAGGUAAUCUGGUAUUAGCGAAUAGCUCGAGAUAAACCGAGAUCAGCAAUGAUUCAUGAAGAUCCGCAACAUCGUGAUAAAAUUGAACGAUGCGCGCGUGCGUGCGCGCGCGUGUGUGUGCGUGCGUAUGUGUACGCGCGAAUAAUAUUAAAUAUUUAUAAAAAUAUUUUUCUGUGAUAAAUAUAUUUCGAAAAUACUUAGCCGUUGAUAGGCCAUUUUGUGAAUUCAAAAGUACACAUUCACGCAAGUGAAAAGAAAGGAAAAGAGCCGCAUUUAACACAAAAAUGGACACAAAGUUUCUUUUCUUUUUUAAAAUUCCGAACGUUGCGUUUGCUCAGCGUAAAAUCAAAUAAUCUUAUUCAGUAUCAAAUUUAUCUAAAAUUUGUUUUAUACGAAUAUUAAGUUUAAUAUAAAUGUAAAAUCAGAUUAUAUAUAUAUAUAUAUAUAUAUAUAUAUAUAUAUAUAUACACAUACAUAUAUAUGACAUAACUUUUUAAUGAUCAGAUUUUAUAAAUUUUAUCCUUCAUUAAAAUUCAGUGUUAAAUAUGAAGUAUAAAUGCGGCUCAGAGAAAAUACGGGUGAAUCAAUAGAUAGUAGAGGCUUAAAGAGUAGGGAAAAAAUAGACAAAGAAAAGCGAAAGAGAGAGAGAGAGAGAGAGAGAGAGAGAGAGAGAGAGAGAGAGAAAGGAAAGGAAAAAAUAUGAACGAAAAAAGAGAAAGUGAGAAUGCAGAAUGUGCACGUAUAAUGUAUGCUAUUUAAUGUACACGUAUAUAAAACGUACAUAUAUGUGUGUGAAAGGAUAAUAGAGAAAUUCUUUUAAUCUUCAUAGACUUUCUAAUGUCGUAAAGGGAUGACCAAGCUCGUAAACGAGAAUUUAAUCAAUCCGUAAUCCAAUAUAAUUAUUAACGUAAUUACUGUUUUUAAAAGUGCUAAUUUAACGAUAAACGUGAGAACUCUUCAAGAAACCGCGAUUAAAUUAUAAUUACAUAACAAUAAUGUAAUUAAUACUAAUAAUUUACGAUAUCGAUUAUAAAAGUAAUUAUAAUAAUAAUAAUGAUAGUAAUACCGCGAUAAGGAAAUAAGGAUAACUAUUCUGCGAUUCGUCAGCAUCCAAUCCGGCAGGCGAUAACAAAAGACUCUUCUUAGUUACGUGGCAAGAUAUAUGUAUAUAUAUAAUAUAAUUUCGCGCGAGAAAUAAUUAUUGUCGAAUAUGAUACUAAAAGUGAUUAGAGCAAAAAGUUAAGGUAAAACAUAAAAAAUAUUAAAAUAAUAGUAUUAAUAAUAUAAUAUCUAAAUUCGUCUUGAUGCGACACCGCGAUUUUCGAAGGUAUCACGUGAUCGACGAAGUUAAGUUUUGUUUUUUGACUGUUAUUUAAUUACACGGAUAAAAUGGAUAGAUAUGUAUUUAAUAAAAUAAAAAUUAGCGUUUUCAUAAAUAACACAAAAUUAAUUUGACAUUGUUAACUGUGUGCUAGGUGUCGCGUUCUAAAAACUUCAUAUAUAUUUCAAGUUGUAUUUUAAUAGAUCUUUAAUAAAUUUUAUGUAAAAAAAUCAAUUAUUUAUAUUAAUUUUAAAUUAUAAUAAUAAUUAUGGUGAUUGAUUUUAUUUGUUCAUUGUUAAUUACGGAAUGGACGAAGAUGAAUCUUGCAAGAAGAGAAUUCUUAUAAAAGAAUUAAUUAACCAAAUUAAUAUAAUUGGCAUUAUUAAUAAUAAUAAUUGAUAAAAUAAAUCCAGAUCACUUUUUUCAACUACUAAUCUCACUUCUUCUUCGAAUCACGGAAAUUGAAAACAAUAAUUGUUACUUCAAUAAUUACCUUCUACUUCCAAUUCAUAACUUCUCGGAUACUUCACAUGUGUUCUAAAGAAUUGCAUAUUGCACUUCAAUGCGACUUUAUGGUAUGCUAUUCGAUCGAAUUGUGAUCACGCGAGCCCUCGAUGUAUCGUCAACCUCUCAGUGAUAUUAAAACGAACGAACUAACGGUAACGAAAACACAUAGAAAUCGCGUUACAAAAACACUCGUAGAAAAUUUUCUAAUAGCGAACGUUCGAGCGCGUGAAAUCCGCAGGAAAGAAAGAAUAAAAAUAAAAUAAGAGGGACGAACAGGAGAACAAGCAAAAGCUGAAACGACACUUUUCGAUUCCAUCGAUCGUCGCCGAUAAACGACACGUGCGCGUUCCAUAAAUGAGCUAUAUAAAUAUGUAUACAUAAAUUAUGAAUGAAGUAAAUCGAACACACACAAACAAAUCACACACGACACGCAACACACACACACACACACACACACACACACACACACACACACACACAGAGUGAGGUGCUUGCGGGAAGCUUCUGAGAACAGGUAAAUAGGACAUUCGGUAUCCUUAUCAGAAUGGUGCAUCCAUCCAUCCGCAUGCCACACUGCAUAUGAAAGAGAAACGGAAAUAAAGAAAUUCCCUCGACUUGCAGAGGAAACAAACGGAACACGAAGCAACUCGCGUUAGAUAGUAAGAAAAAGAGGCAGAGAGAUCUAUCGAAUCGUUUCUCGACCUAUAGUAUUUAUUAUACCUGUAUGUACGAGAGGAAUAUAUACACACAGACGAAUUCCACAUGUAAUAACUUCACUUACUUGUAUUUAUAAUGGAAUAAGGUAACCGCGAUGAGGUAGGAAUUUAAUAAAGCGCGAGAAUUUUCUCGGGCGAGUAAAGAAGUCAGAAGAAAAUAGAAGAGAGAAAAUUAUACCAUUAAGUUUUUCUACAUAUCUAUACAUAUAUAAAUAUGACAUAUAUAGAACAUGCACACAUGAUGCAUAUAUAAACGUAUGUACACGUGAAGGAUACACACGUAUGUGUUAUACGUAUGCAUAAUAUGGUAUAAAUGAGCAUUGGAAGCGUAUAAUGUGACAUUGAACGCCCUGUCGAUAAUAAAUAAUUAUUAAUAGUAAAGAAAGGAUGCGGGGGAGAGAAAGGAGAGGUGAAUGUGAAUUUAGGGAGAGAAAUUUCGUUAUUAGAAUCACUCGGCAUAUCGGCGCCGGGGCUCCGUAGAGUUUCAUACUUUUGCAAAUAAUCGAAAAAUCUCGUCGAUAACACUAUACAUAAAUAUUAUGCCGAUCUCUAUACAUAUAUACAUAUUAUAAAUAUAUCCGAGAGGUUUAAAUCCGUUGAUCUGAGUCUGAAUCUAAUUAAGUCAUGUAGAACGUGUGAACGUGAUUAGCGAAUUGAAGAAUAUUAGCAAAGUGGAAAACGGAAUCAUUGCAUAACGUCAAUUUCUUCCGGUCGAAGUGCUUUCGCUUUUCCGGUAUAAGCGUGCACGGAUGUCGUUACAUUUGCUUUUGCAAAUUGAAAAAAAGUAGAGCCAAAAUAAGAAAAAUUUAUUCUGUUACAAUAAAUGUCAGAGUACGUGGAUCAUAAAAUUAAUUACAUGGAUGAUAAAAUUUCCUUCAAGCAAUAUAAACACACACAUAAAAUAGCAAUUUUAUUUUAUCCAUUUAAAAAUAUUUGCUAUUAUUUUUAAGUUGUAUUUAGAUAUUUCGUAUGGUUCAGAAAAAUAACAUAAUGAAUACUAAAAUUUACAAUAAAAGCAAAGUUAAUAAUAAUGGUUGUUACUAGUGUAACAGCUGACCGAAAUCAUAUAUAAAAUAUAUCGAUAAUUAAACUGUUUCGAUUUAAAUAAUUUUUCUGUACCAAUUGAAUAAUCAAAUAGUUGUCUUUCGACAGCUAAAAUUUUUUGAUAUUCCGUUGACAUUUGUGCACGCAUCAUCUGGAUGUAAUGUAUAAUAGUUUCACAUAGCAAAAGAUAUUCUAUGUAUUUUCGAGAAACCGAAAAAGAAUCCGUGAAUCCGCAAAUCGGGGCUGACGCUUCUCCGUUGCGCGAAAGUUGUAAGGAAAGAAAAAUCGGGGAAAAAGUUGUGACACAGCAAAUCAUUAAUUAGUAACAAAAGUUGCCUUAAUAUUACAUGUUCACAAAACUAGAAUACGCGAAACGUGCGAGGAAGAUAUUAGAUCAGAAAAGAGAUACCAGAAUCAAAACUGAAGGAGGAAAGUCGCGAGGUUUUUCGAAUUCGAUGAAAAUAUGAGAAAACGAUGCUGGGCAUCGAUUUGUGAUAAUAAAUCCGUGACGCGUUUAAUUUGACUAAUCAAUGUAGAUAUUGUCAGAUUCAAACUGGAUAAUAUCUAAUCGAUAAUGUCGUAAUUUUUGUUCUUGCCGUACAAAUUAUAUUUUCCUUUCCUUCUUUUAACAAACAUUUCAAAAAAGAAUUUUAUACAUAUAUGUAUAUUAUUAAAAUGUUUGUUUCCGAACUUUUGAGAUUCCUUACGCAUCUUUUGGAGCAAAAAUGUAUAUACUUUCCGAAUUGCAAUUCGGCUUGCUAAAAAUCUUCAGCUUUAUACAAAGAUCAUUGCAUUUUCGCGAUUUUGUCAUUGCGUCUCGCGAAUUUAGAAAUCAAAAAAUCCAGAGAUCCAAAAAGAAAAAAACAAUACAGAGACAGGAAUGGGAAAAAAAUACAAAAUGGCGGAAACUUAGAACAAAUUAACGCAUUGGGAAGCGAGCCACGGUUAGCCUGUGUUUAUGUCGUAUGUGUGAGUGCGUGCGUGUGUAUGUCGCGCCUAGAUGUUUCAACGAAUACAUACGAGCGACUAAACGUAAAGAAAAAAAAGAAAUAUAAGAGAAUGCGGCAUCGUCAUGCGGCAUGUCAUGAAAAGCUUCGUGUCCCGCGUUUAGCGCGAAAAAUGCGACUCCGAAUUUUAGUGAAAGUAGCCCGGGAAAAAAUAUAUAUAAUAUAUAUAAAAUAUGUAUAAUUAUACAUGUUUUAAUGUAUAUGGCCAUAUUUUAUAUAUAAUUAUAUAUAAAAAUUUUUUGCCAAGGAUCUCUCGACGAUUUGAGUAUAUAAAAUCGAUUUUUGACGUGCACUUGUCAUAAGGUGCAAAAGCAAAAAUCGAUUUCAUCAUGUUUGAAACUUUCCAAGCUCUGUAUUCAAGACUAAACGCGCAACACGUUGUUCGUUGACUUUGAUGGUCGCGUGCCAUUGCGAGUAUUGUGUAAAAAAAAAAAAAAAAAAAACGGGAAGCACAAUGAAAGAGCCCAUUAAAAGCUUUAACUUUAAAAUAAACAAAUUUUAAAAAAAAAGGGGUAUGCGUAGAAAAUUACGCGGCACGAUUGCGCGAUUGCGGAAGCACGACGACGGUGAAGAAAACUCGACGCUGCUAUGCGCGCAAUCGUUUAACACGAUUCCGACCGCUUCUACUUAUAUAUCUCUUUCUAUCUUUCUCUCUCUCUUUCUCUCUCUCUCUCUUUCUCUCUCUCUCUCUCUCUCUCUCUCUUUCUCCUUUUCUCUCUUUCUCUCUUUCAGUGCGGCCGGAUGACACGCCGGAGGAGCGCAAUAUGUAAUUCGCGUUCCGAAACUUCGUGAAAGAUCGAAAACCUCAUGGCGAAAAAUUCAUGAUACGCCGGAACUCGGAGCUAGUUUCGUAAACCGGAAAUCAAGUUUCCGCAGAUAUUCGCGGGAUAAGAAUUCGCGAAGUGGCGAUCCCGGGCGCGCCGCGCAGCGUCCCGUCGUGCUUCCCGUCACUGUAAAAAGUUUACUGUAUAUUACUUAUACAUACACAUAGACAUAUACGUAAAUUUUUAUCAAAAACGUAAAAAAAAGGAACACUUGUUUUUUGGAGAAAAAAUUGAGCGAAGUGAUUGUACCUUUAUAUAUAUAUAUAUAUAGUAAUUAAUGAUCAUCGUGCGCUCGCGCGCGUGUCACGCAAAAUUUAACUCAAGAUCCGGCUAAUUGUAAUUGCGAAAAAAAAUCUUAUUUCUUCCGUCAUUUCUAUGUAUGCAAACGUAUGUAUUUUCUUUCAGAGAUCGUAGAUUCUUCGAAUUUAGAAAAUUUCAAAUUAAGAAAAUUUUAUGACGCGUCUAGUCGCAAAGUAACUUUGUAUAAAAAAUUUAUUAUUACGAAAAAGUCAUUUCUGCCGUCAUUCCUAUGUAGGAUGCAAAUAUGUGUAACAGUAUUUUCCUUCAGAAAUCAAAUUUUUUUAGAAAUUUAAAAUUCAAUUUUAAAAGAUUUAAUAGCGUCUCUAGUCGCAAAGAGUAACUUGACGUGAAAAAUUUAUUUUUAGUAAUUAAAAUGCGAGAGAAUAAAUACAAAAGAUUAAGUUACUUAUACAUUUUAGUAAUCCUGAAUUUUAAUUCAACAAAAUUUGUGUUCCGAGCUGGAUUAAUGAAAUAUUAAAAAUUUGGAGAAGCUCAUGAAAUGAACAAACUUUUCUAAUGAAUUUUCAAAGUUAUCGGCUGCGAGUUUGUUAAAGUAAUCUGUAAUUGCGAAACUGUCAAAAAAUGUUUCAGAUGUGUCAAAAGAUUAAAUAUUUAAUAUUUUUAUUCACAGCGGAAGAAAAAUAUGAAAAAUAAAUUAUAUAUAUGAAAAAACUGAAGACGCACGCGUGCCACGAUUAUAUGUUUUAUUUUCUUUCUUCAAGAAGUUGAGUACAUGUUGUACACGUACAUCUGCCAACGAUAAAUUAUAUGAUGCUGAGAAGAUAAGAGUAAAGGAGAAACCGAGAAGAGAAAAAGAAAUAUGUUAACGUAUUGAGUGAGAAAAUAUUUAUCAUAAUUCUUUAAAGCCCUCGAAAAUACCGAUAUUAGGAAAAGUGCGAGUGUGUAAAUGAGAGAAAAAGAGAGAGGAUGAAAGAGCGUGCUUGCAAACAUAUGAGAAUAAGAGCAAACAAGAAAGAAAGAGAAAGAAAGUGUAUAAAAGAAAAAUAGAGAGCAACAGGGAAAAUAUAACAAACAUAAAUAUACAUCAUUAUUGAUGUAUUAUGCGUGAGAAGCGGAAAACCUAUCUUAUAUAUAAAUAUUAUACAUAUAUACAUAUAUAUAUAUAUAUAUACAUAUAGCUAGUUCAAUUUGCAAACUUAGUGUGUAUCGUCGCUUCGAAAAUGCCCAUUACUCGCCAGAAUCCAAGUGAAGAAACCCAACAACCGAGAUUUCAAGUUCAUUCUUUUUUUAAGGAGAAAAACUAAUAAAAUAAUGUGUUAAAAUA